CUCGCUCACACUCAUUGUCAGAGCGCAGCAGCGGGAGCACCGGGGCAUGGGCAGGGUUGCCAGCUCUUGAGUGUUAUUCCGUGUGGGAGGAGGAGGAGGAGGCUGGGUGUGUUUGAGAGUAUCUAGCCUUCUCUCUGCACGCUCUGCUGUGCGCACUGACUGAAGACAAAGCGCAGAGAGGAGUCCACCUCUCCAUGUGAUGUGCAGCCGCUCAGUGAGGGCGCAACCGUAAUCUCAGAUACUGCCCCUCGUAAAAAAAAAAGAAGAAGAAGAAAAAAAACAUUUUAUUUACGCUGCAUGCGGACAGUUAAGUGCGUCUCUGCUUUGUUGAGUGUUUCAACUCAAUCAGUGCUCCCACCUCUCCAGCCUCAACAUUUGUGAAGUGGCUGCCUCACCCGCUCGGACCGGAGGCCGCCUGGUCUCCGAUCUGGUCUCCGGAGUCACCGGAGAGUCCACGCGCUCCGUCAGGGCCAAGCUGUGCGGCACGCGGAUCAGACCCGAGCCGCCACGAUCACUGGCCAUGGAGAUGAUGGAAGGAGACGUUACGGACAAAUUAGAUGACAUGUCUUCGGUGUACGACUUCGACCCGCUCACCGGCAACAUCCCCGCCACCAAAGUAGAAAUCACCGUCUCCUGCAGAAAUCUGCUGGAUAAAGACACAUUCUCCAAGUCGGAUCCAUUAUGCGUGCUCUAUACGCAAGGUGUUGAAACCAAACAGUGGAGAGAGUUUGGAAGAACAGAAGUGAUAGACAACACCUUGAACCCAGACUUUGUUCGAAAGUACAUCUUGGACUACUUUUUUGAGGAGAAGCAAAACCUUCGCUUCGACUUGUAUGAUGUCGACUCUAAAAGCCCAGACCUGUCCAAACAUCCCGCAGAACUCAACGACUUUUUGGGUCAGACGUUCUGUACUCUCGGGGAGAUUGUUGGAUCACCAGCCAGUCGACUGGAGAAAUCAAUGGGGGGGAUCCAAGGGAAGAAAUGUGGCACUAUCGUCCUGUCCGCAGAGGAGCUGAGCAAUUGUCGAGACAGCGCCACUAUGCAGUUCUGUGCCAACAAACUGGACAAGAAAGAUUUCUUCGGCAAGUCGGACCCUUUCAUGGUCUUCUACAGAAGCAACGAGGAUGGAACGUUUACUAUCUGCCAUAAAACUGAGGUGGUGAAGAACACAUUAAAUCCAGUGUGGCAGCCUUUCGCUAUCCCAGUACGAGCGCUCUGCAAUGGAGACUACGACAGAACAAUCAAGGUGGAGGUGUACGAUUGGGAUAGAGAUGGCAGCCACGACUUCAUUGGGGAUUUUACGACAAGCUACCGAGAGCUAGCUCGAGGGCAGAGCCAGUUCAAUGUGUAUGAGGUGAUUAACACCAAGAAGAAAAUGAAGAAAAAGAAAUAUGCCAACUCUGGGACAGUGACUUUGCUCUCGUUUUCAGUGGAGUCAGAGUUCACGUUCUUAGAUUACAUCAAAGGAGGAACGCAGAUCAAUUUCACCGUGGCCAUUGAUUUCACAGCAUCUAAUGGUAACCCCUCCCAGUCGACUUCGCUGCACUACAUGAAUCCCUACUCACUGAACGCCUACGCCAUGGCCCUGAAGGCUGUAGGGGAGAUAAUUCAGGACUAUGACAGCGACAAGAUGUUCCCCGCUUUGGGCUUUGGAGCCAAACUGCCCCCCGACGGACGGGUUUCUCACGAGUUUCCUCUGAAUGGAGACAUUGAAAAUCCGUACUGCAACGGCAUCGAGGGGAUCUUAGAGGCAUACCACCAGAGUCUGAAGACAGUGCAGCUGUACGGGCCAACGAACUUCGCUCCUGUGGUGAAUCAUGUUGCCAGGUAUGCAGCAGCGGUGCAGGACGGCUCUCAGUACUUUGUGCUCCUCAUCAUCACAGACGGCGUCAUUUCCGACAUGGCACAGACCAAAGAGGCCAUUGUAAAUGGUGCCAAGCUUCCCAUGUCCAUCAUCAUAGUUGGUGUUGGUCAGGCAGAGUUUGACGCUAUGGUGGAGCUGGAUGGUGAUGACAUCCGGGUCUCGUCCCGGGGGAAACCGGCAGAGAGAGACAUUGUUCAGUUUGUUCCCUUUAGAGAUUAUAUGGACCGGACAGGCAACCAUGUGUUAAGCAUGGCGCGGCUCGCUAAGGACGUGCUAGCAGAGAUCCCAGACCAGUUCAUCUCUUACAUGAAGAGUCGGGGGGUCAAACCCAAUCCAGCGCCGCCUCCCUACACACCGCCUGGACUCACACACCACCACACACUGAUCUGAAGCCCUCCUCUUGGCUUUUCACUGAGGACUGACAGCAUGCAGCAGCCGCUCCAGAGUUCAGUGGGAACUGAACAUCCUGUGUUAUGGUGCAAACAGGAGAUGACGCGACAGGAAAUGGAAGUUGAAUUUUGGGCCGUAUCCUCCCAGUGACAACUUGAGCAACGUUUUUUUUUUAUUUGGUUUGUUUUUCGGUGAUAUAUUCAUUUUGAUGAUUAUUUUAAUAAGAGGCUCAGACCUACCAGGACUCGUUGGUGAAAGCCUUUUAGUCCGACACUGAGGCAGUGACUGUUCCACAUCUAAAUCUGACAGCAGGUGGUUCAAAGAGGUCAUGUUGUGGUUAAAACUUGUGCCUGUCUGUGGUUGUUUCUCUAAUUGUAUCAGGACAUGUGAACUUUGACCUAAGCCUUGCUCGUCAGUCAUUGGUGUGGCCUAACACUGAUAUUUUUUAGGCACCUUUUCCCUUCUGGAAUACGUUUUUUUAUAUUUAGGGAGUAUCUCCAUAUCUGCUAAUGCAUCGGUUAUGAUGGAGGAACACUAAAGAUGUGUAGUUUACAGUUUAUUAUUAACAUUAAUCAGGCUUUUCUACCAUGAGGUGUCUCCUCUUCUCUUCUUUGGUAGGUAAAUGUUUAUAUCAGCAUGUUGUAUGAGAAGUUUAUUCCCAUAUCCCAGUAUAUUUAUUCUCCAAUGUUAUUUAGAGUGGCAUGGACAUUUGAUGGAUAUGUUUUGAAGUGGUCACCAAUUAUUUGAGUGAUUGCAUAUAAAAAGCACAACCUGUCUCUCUACCAAGGACAAGCUUAGUACGAUGCUAUCAAUCAUAUUUAAUAAUUUUGAGAGCUGAUGGUCACUGUCUAAAGAAAGUACACAAUGUAUUCAUGCAAGUCAAAUAUAGUUGAACUGCAGCUGCAAUUAAACAUAAAAUAUUACUCAGGCUUGUUGGAGGUUCUCAUUCAGCAAGGAUAAAUUCCAAUCACAGAGAAUACAUCUGAACAGAGGUAACAAUAAUAAUUUCAUCAUAACCCCUGUUUCAUUUUCUAAUCCACACAAAUGGUUAUUUAGUAUACAAAAUGCAUUACCUUAUACAGCAAGUAAAACACAUAACAAAACAUGUGAUAUAUAUUAUUUAUAUCCAGAGAACUACUCCAGCAAUGCAGGCGACAGUUCCACUUUCCCAUGGAGCAAUUUGACUAAAUGCCACUUUUGGGUAAUAUGCACAACUAAAGCACAAUGUACACCAGACAGUGAGGGUCUCUGAUCUUCAAGAGGCCUUGUGCCACAAUCUCAUUACUUUCAGUUGAUGCAUACAUGUGAUAUUAAUACAAUUAAUGUAAUACAUUCACAAUACAACUAAGUGACACACAGCAAUCAAAGGCAAAUGGUAGCAGGUCAAACUAGGAACACUGGUUUGUUUUUUGGUUUAAGACCCACGUGUUAUUCUUGCCUGAGGGCCCAAUAGCGGGUUAUCCGGUCCUGAUACGAUCCUAAACACACCGCCGCGGCAACCCAGACACUCAAAAAGCAGAAAUCUGUAAGCCCCCAAACGCCACGCAUCAGCAGGCUCUAACCCCCGUCAUCAUGGAUUCCCAUUGUAAGUCUGUGCGAUAACAGCCAGUGUUGCUCCUCAUCUCACACAGCCCGGUCAUGGCGCAGUACAUUUCAAGUCUCUGGUGGGAGACAGUUCACAAGUGAUCCCGAGAGCUUUAGGAUUUUUGUUCAUUACAUUCAGUACAAAAGUAAUUAUCUCAAGUGUAAACACAUGAACCCAUCAAUACCACAGGGUAAAGGGGGAUCUUUUUGUGCUAAUCUUAGUUUGGCUUUCUGUAGCCUCCCACCAUCUGUGCUUUAGUCUAAGGAAACGAAACAAACUGGCUUUCAAGUAGCAAAUCCAAUUUGACCAAAACAGUAACAAAAGCUUUUUCAUUUGAGAUGUAUACCGGCACAAUGGUGCAACAACAAGCCUCGACAACCCUAUGAUGUGUUGCCUUAUAAACAUUGAGACAUGUCAUACAGUCAUACAGGGUGUUUUGAUCAAUAAGUACACAUUGUGCAUACAGUAAGAGUUUUUUAAAGAAAGUUCAGAAUACAAUAGACUCAAUUCUUCUAUCCUAUCAUGCAUCCCAUCUGACAAAUCACUAUAGGAUCUCUGCUUAUGUUGCAAUAACAAUUGUUAUUUGUGUUAACAGUGACAUAACACUAGCCACAUCAUCAAGCAUAAACAGGUUGAAUAAUAAAGUGGUAUUUUCAUGGCAUGCAUGUUAUUCAUGUACUUAGUUUAUAAAAUGGGAGAUUCCAGACUGAAAUAUCUCAACAAUUGGAUGGGUUUACAAUACAUAUUUAUCCCGUCGUCAACAUCCCUAAAAGAUGUAUCCUUAUGACUGGAGUUACUCUCUGUAUCAGGUUAAACUUUCAGAAAAUGUUAACAUGCCAACAAACUAAGGAAAGACCACAACAACACGCCAGCACUGUCAUUUUAAGCAUGUUGAUGUUAGCAUUUAGCUCAAAGCUACACUUUGUCUAAGUGAAGACUCACGGAGCUGUUAGCAUGACUGUUUUUUUUGUUGUCUUUUUUUAGCAUCAAAUAGACAUAAACAAAUUCUAAAUCUAACUUUUACUUUUUCCAUCUUUGACACGGCCGUUGCUCUUCUUUCAGUAUCAUUAUUUCAAAUUUCACUUGGUUUUGUUUCAAGCUUGACCUAUGUGCCCCUCAUUGAUGUAGAGUGUAAACAAACACAAAGACAAGGCUACAAUUAUAAUACACUCUAAAAAAGGUGCCCUUUCCUUUCAAACUGACAAAGCAAGUAAUUAUUCUGAGCUCAAAAGGUUAUUUUCAAGUGUCUAAUGUAGCAAACUAAAAGGCCUUACAAAUCUAGAAGGGAGCCACUACAGUACAUCUCAUCAUGUCUUUUAUCGAAUAGCAGCUCAGGUGGAUAAGUAUGGCUCUUUGGAUGAGGAGAGGAAUUAUUUCAUAGUGGUCAAAAUGGAAAACAGCUAUUUGCUUGUAUGUUGUUAGGUGGUGUAAGAGGGGAAACAGUUAUCAGUGAAAAGAUAAGAGUGUGUUAGAAUGUAAAGUGUAUCAACAGCAGGUUUGCAUACAGAUUCUGGAGGCACUUUAUCCUUGGGAGGAGUGCUCAUUGUAUAUGUUUUAUAUAUUAUUACUGUAUUGAAGAUAUUUAUUUUUGGAGUUAUAUGUAUGAAAAGCCAUUGCUCCUGUUGUCUAUGUCAUUAUGGUGACCUCUUAACCCACUGAUUUAUUAGUGCGAUGGAUUGACUGCAUGUUUUCUUGGGGUACAUUGACAAAGAGUGCCCCCUCUGUAUAAUAGGAACCAGCCCAGAUUACAUGCAUGUCAGUGCCAAACUUGGCAGUAAGCUCUGUGGACUGUUUGCUAUUUCUUCUCUCUUGUGCCUGGUUCUCCAAACAUUUCUUGUCUCACCAGUACUUGAAAACUGUAGCUUAAUUAGCAUGUUACAGUUAACACUUUUUUUUAUUAUUUUUAGUCUAUUCUCACAAUUUAUUUUUAUUAUUUGUAUCUCUUGAGUUUUCUGAUUUGCAUGACUCCCUACUUUCGUUUAAAUGGGGUUUUUAAAUUGUACAUGAUUAUUGUCAUAUGGUGGGUUGUGAAAUGCUUUGUAUUGGAUUGCCUUAACUGAAAAUUAAUUAAAAAACUACUUUUGUAAAAGUU